AUGUGUGGUAACACCAUGUCUGCUCCACUGUUAGCCAUGGUGCCUUGUGCCUGGAAGGCUGCCACUGUGGUAAUUUUCCUUCAUGGAUUAGGAGAUACUGGGCAUGGAUGGGCAGAAGGCUUUGCAGGUAUCACAAGUUCACAUACCAAAUGUAUCAGCCUGCAUGCACCCAUUAUGCCUGUUACAUUAAAUAUAAACAUGGCUAUGCCUUCUUGGUUUGAUAAUAUUGGACUUUCACCAGACUCACUGGAGGAUGAAUCUGGAAUUAAACAGGCAGCAGAAAAUGUAAAGGUUUUGAUAGAUCAAGAGGUGAUGAGUGGCAGUCCUAACAGAAUCAUUUUGGAAGGAUUUCCUCAGGGAGGAGGUCCUGUCAGUGGUGCUAAUAGAGAUAUUUCUAUUCUCCAGUGCCAUAGAGAUUGCGACCCUUUAAUUCCACUAAUGUUUGGUUCUCUUACUAUGCAAAAACUAAACACAUUGCUAAAUUUGGCCAGUGUAACCUUUAAGGUCUAUGAAGGCAUGAGGCACAGUUCCUGUCAGCAAAAAAUGGAUGCUUAA